AUGGUAGGUCCUGCAAAGGGCUAUAUCGAGGCGCUUGAGAUUCGAUUGAAAGAGACUGAGAGAGUGCUGUGGCGGAUCCUCUCGGCUUGCCAACAAGAAAGCUUGACGGCGGCCUUCUCUCCCGAAGCACAAGACCAGAUACCGCAACUUCUCUCCGUCGGAACUUUGAGCACCACUGAGGAGAAGAAGUCCGCCAUCGCCUUCUGGGAACAGUUCCCUCUGCACACUAUUGAAGACGUGCUUGUGUGGAAGGAUCAGGUUGAGAAUCCAUGUGCAAUGGACCCCACCGACAUUGGGGAGAAUCAAGAUCAGCAAUCGCAUCCGACAAACACUCCCAGUGAAGUACAAGACCAGGGCACACUGUCUCCGAUGGAUGAAGACACGGAUCCGUCAUCCGUGGCAAUGAUGCAAAAUCCUCAAGACCGUGCUAGCAACUCGUCUCAUGCGCCUGAAAUGGCUGAUGUUCGCAAUCAACGAUCUUCCGCCUCUGCAGCCAAUUCAGGCACCGCGGGUGGCAAGUUUUCCUUCCCAAAAGAGUUCCAGGACACUUUCGUUUGGUGA